AUGGACGUUUUUAAACAUACUAUCACUCGUGUACAUGUAUUGAAAUAUUCGACCGGGGGUGUUUCUUUUUUGCCCCCAACACCAUUUCAUUGUGUGCAUUUUUAUAUUUUUCCGAAGACCUCUCUUCUUUUGCUCGAUAAAACAUACAGGUACUUCAGUCUGCCGGUGCGCAUCGUUACGCGCGUUUCUCCCAACGGCCCUGAGUAUUUUAUGUAUCGAAGACAUGGCGCGAAAAUCAACGGGGUGUUCCGGGACAUCGCGAACAACCGCGCCGCGCUCAAACCAAAACACGAUCGAAAGAUUUCCCCGAGAACAAAGUUCUUCUAA